AUGAACGACGAGCUUGCGCUCAUCUACACGUCGAAGAAGUCCCGCAAGAUUCUGAAGGGCAUUGCUUUCCCCACAUGUGUGAACCCCAACAACAUUCCGGCGCAUUUGUCGCCUGAGAGCGCUGAGGACUCGAGCAACUUGACAUUGAAGGACGGCGACGUUGUCAACAUCAUGCUUGGUGUCCAGGUGGACGGAUUCCCUUCGAUUGUGGCGGAAACCGCUGUGGUGGGCGAAAGUAAGGAAUCGCCAAUUACUGGCGCCAAAGCCGACUUGCUUGCCAGUGCCUGGAAUGCGUCCGAGGCUGCCAUUCGGACUUUGAAGCCCGGCAACAAAAACUGGGACGUGACCAACGUUGUUGAUGCCGUGGCCAAGGACUUUGGAACCACCGCGGUCCAGUCAAUGUUGUCGCACAACCAAGAGCGCAACGUCAUGUAUGGACCAAAAGAAAUCAUCUUGAACCCUGCCAAGGAGCACAAGUCCAAGAUGGAGUCGUACAAGAUCGAGGAGUUGGACGUCUACGGUUUGGACAUUUUGAUUUCCACCUCCAGCGACGGCAAAGUGAAGAAAUCGAACUACAAAACGACAUUGCACAAGUUGACCGGAAACUCGUACUCAUUGAAGUUGAAGUCGUCCCACCAAGCUUUGCGUGAGUUCAAGGAGAAGGUGAAUGGUCCUUUCCCUGCCAAUGUCAAGAUUUUUGAAAACCCAAGAAAAGUUCGUACUGGCUUGAUCGAAUGUGCCAACCACGAAGUCGUUUUGCCUUACGAGAUCAUGGAGGGUAAGAAAGACGACUUUAUUGCUCAAUUCUUCACCACUGUGGCUGUGACUAAGAAUGGUAUUGAAAAGUACACAUCCCCAACUUUUGUUCCUGAAUUCUACCAGACAGACAAGAAGGUGACCAGCGAGGACAUUGCUGAGUUGAUCAAAACUCCUUUGUCCCUGAAAAAGGCUAAGAAGAACUAA